GCGAGAGAGAGAAUCAUUUCGAUAAAAGAUCGUGCAAUUCGCUUCGUCCACUCUAGAGUCUAGAUAGAGAGAGAGAGAGAGAGAGAUGGAGAAAGAGAGAGAGCAGCAGGUUUACUUGGCCAGGCUUGCUGAGCAAGCUGAGAGAUACGAUGAAAUGGUGGAAGCAAUGAAACAAGUUGCAAGACUGGAUGUUGAACUGACCGUCGAGGAGAGGAAUUUGGUUUCAGUUGGGUACAAGAAUGUCAUCGGUGCAAGACGGGCAUCCUGGCGGAUCUUGUCUUCCAUUGAGCAAAAGGAGGAGAGUAAGGGGCACGAACAGAAUGUGAAGAGAAUAAAGAGUUACAGACAACAGGUUGAAGAUGAACUCACUAAGAUAUGCAUGGACAUACUCGCGGUGAUUGAUGAACAUCUACUUCCAUCUUCCUCAACAGGAGAGUCAUCAGUUUUUUAUUACAAAAUGAAAGGAGACUAUUACCGCUAUUUAGCUGAAUUCAAGGGUACGGAUGAUCGUAAAGAGGCAGCAGACCAGUCACUCAAGGCCUAUGAAGCUGCCACUAGUGCUGCUUCCACUGACCUUGCUCCUACACAUCCCAUUAGGCUUGGGUUGGCCCUUAACUUCUCUGUUUUCUACUAUGAGAUCUUGAAUUCCCCUGAGAGGGCAUGCCACCUUGCGAAACAAGCCUUUGAUGAAGCUAUAGCAGAACUUGACAGCCUCAACGAAGAAUCCUACAAAGACAGCACUCUCAUUAUGCAGCUUCUAAGGGACAAUCUUACUUUGUGGACCUCAGAUCUUCCAGAAGAAGGAGGUGAACAAUCUAAGGUCGACGAGACUCAUGGAGAGGUAAGCUUUAUUAGCUUGGACAAGUUUUCACCAAAUGUGAUGUUUUUCAAUUCACAAAUUUCUUGUUUUUUUGGUUGGUCUUGACUUGAUUUGCUUGUUAUACAGAGCUAGCUUGACAAUGGUGCAGAAGAAGAAAAAUGUUGUGGAAAUAGCAGAGGCGCACAUGCUAAACCUUGUGGUGUUGUUCAUUUUUAUCUCUUGAGAUUGUUAACUUGUAUUGCUUUUUCUUUCAAAUGGCAAGAUACUAGAUGUUGCGAUUAUGAUUCCAUCUUGUGUUAGUUUUACUGCCAUUUUCCUCGUAAUUGUUUCAACUCAGCAUUAUUCCAUCUAGAAUCAACUCGAUUAACCAUCGGCAACUUUUUGGUUGA